UCUUUCUUUUUCGCCCUCGCGCCGCCGCCUCGGUCCCCAUCCACCGACUCUGCGCAACUCUCCCACGCCGACGCCGUGAGAUUUCCCGAGUUGUUUUCCUGCACUUUCUCUGCAACCAAACAAGUUGCGAGAUAGUUUCUUUGAGCUUGCAAAGAUGACGAAGAAGAAAGAGAAGAAGGUGAACAUCUCCGGGAAGCCGAAGCACUCUUUGGACGCGAACCGGUCGGAUUCGAAGAAAAAUGAUUCUCGCAGCGCCGCCACGGUUCGCCGGCUCAAGAUGUACAAGACGAGGCCUAAGCGUGACAGUCAAGGCAAGAUUUUGUCCAACGAGUUUCAGUCCAAGGAGUUGCCCGACACGCGAAUCCAACCCGAUCGCCGCUGGUUCGGUAAUACUCGGGUUGUGAACCAAAAGGAACUCGAAUUUUUCCGUGAAGAGCUGCAAAGCCGAAUGUCGAAUAACUACAAUGUUAUUUUGAAGGAGAGGAAACUGCCUUUGUCCCUCUUGAAUGAUCACCAGAAGCAAGCCAGAGUUCAUCUCCUUGAUAGAGAGCCCUUUGAGGAUGCUUUUGGACCCAAGACAAAGAGGAAGCGUCCGAAGCUCUUGGCAGCAGAUUAUGAUUCUUUGGUUAAGAAAGCUGGGGGUUCCCAGGAUGCAUUCGAGCAGAAGUAUUCUGCUGAUCCGUCUGCAGAAGGAAGUGAAGAGGAUGGAUUCAGAGACCUGGUUCGGCAUACAAUGUUCGAGAAGGGUCAAAGUAAACGUAUUUGGGGUGAGCUUUACAAAGUAAUAGACUCUUCCGAUGUUGUUGUCCAGGUUUUAGAUGCAAGAGACCCCCAAGGUACAAGAUGUUACCACUUGGAGAAGCAUUUGAAAGAGCACUGCAAGCAUAAAAAUAUGAUUCUUUUGUUAAACAAGUGUGAUUUAGUUCCUGCAUGGGCAACAAAAGGAUGGCUGAGGGUACUAUCCAAAGAAUAUCCUACUCUUGCUUUCCAUGCUAGCAUCAACAAGUCAUUUGGCAAGGGUUCUCUUCUAUCGGUUUUGAGGCAAUUUGCCCGCUUAAAGAGCGACAAGCAAGCGAUUUCUGUCGGAUUUGUUGGAUAUCCCAAUGUCGGGAAGUCAUCAGUUAUUAAUACAUUGCGAACCAAAAAUGUUUGCAAGGUUGCUCCUAUACCAGGGGAGACUAAAGUGUGGCAGUAUAUCACACUUACAAAGAGGAUUUUCUUGAUUGACUGUCCUGGAGUUGUUUAUCAGAACAGGGACUCUGAAACUGAUAUUGUGCUGAAGGGAGUGGUGCGCGUGACAAACUUGGAAGAUGCUGCAGAACACAUAGGAGAAGUUUUGAAACGAGUUAAGAGGGUGCACUUGGAAAGAGCAUACAAGAUAAAAGAUUGGGAGGAUGAGAAUGACUUUCUAGUUCAACUGUGCAAACUGACGGGCAAGCUUUUAAGGGGUGGUGAACCCGACUUGACGACUGCAGCAAAGAUGGUCCUUCACGACUGGCAGAGGGGGAAGAUACCAUUUUUUGUGCCCCCUCCUAAGCAAGAAGAUGAGUCAUCAACGGAACCUGAUGCUAGUGGUAAAGAUGACGACGCAGCUGAAGGUAGCGAUAAGGCAUCCGCAGCCUUUAAAGCCAUUGCAAAUGUCAUUUCAUCCCAACAACAAAUGACUGUUCCUGUUCAAAGGGAUCUAUUUAGUAAGACAGAAUUAAAAGGUGAAACAGCCGAGCAGCUUCUGACUUCGUCCCAACAGCAAAUGAGUGUCCCUGAGAGUGAAACCAAAUCAAAGGGUGAAACAGAUGAACAGCUUCUGACCAGUGAGGACGAGACAAAUGAGUAACUUUGAGCCACUCAGCAAGUUAGAUGAGCAACUUACGGUGUUUUUUUUUUUUUUGGUUGAAGCAACUUUCGGUAAUUGAGUCUUACAAUUUUGUUGUAUUAGAAAAAGUCGUCACUUUUUGGAGUUCAGCAUAGUAGGUCUUUUACUUGGUGCCCAGUAAUGUUAUUAUCUAAAAUUUUGUUUUAGUGUCCUCUUUCAGACGGACGGACAGACAGAGCGAACUUAAUGUGGUUGAUUUUUACCAGAGUAAUUGUUUCAAUGUGGAAUAUGAGAUAAGGUCGCAACAGGAGUGAGUUGUGCUUCUUUUAA